AUGGACUCGGUGGAUACGCUCGUGUACCAGAUGGAGGACGACGAGCCGAGCGUCAAGCUCGAGGCGAUUCGCCGGCUGCGCGAGCUGGCGGCGACCUUGCAGCUGCGGCCGGCGCCGUUUCCCGUGCGCAACGCGCGCCGGUUCCUCAACUGCGUCCGGCGCCGCCUCCAUGACGCCGAGCCGCGCAUCGUGGCCGAGGCGCUCCAGUUCGUGUGCGACCUCGUGCCGGUCAUUGGCGCCGAGAACCUCGUGCAUUUGUACCAGAUCGUGCUGCCGCCGAUGCUGCCGAUGCUGCCCGCGGACCCCGAGUGGGACGACGAGGCGGCGUUCCCGCACUCGGCGCUGCACGUGCUCUGGGUGUACGCGCAGCACACCUCGAGUCUGCAGAGUGUCAUGGACCUCCUCAUGAACCAGGGCUUGAACCACGAAGACGGCGCGGUCCGCGAAGGCGCUAUCGGGGCGCUAAAGGCGCUCCUGCAACGCAACGCGACAACGACGCUGCCGGGCGACGUGAGCUGGGCCAUGGUCCUCGAGGUGCUCAUCCCCGCGAUGGAGGACGACGAAGAGCGCUGCGUCGUCGCGGCCGAGGACGCGGUCGCGUGGCUCCAAGCGCACGUCGGCCAGAAGCAGUUCCAGAGGCUUCUCCAGACGCUGAGCAGCCGCGACCGCGCCAUCUUGGCCCAACACGCCGACUACAUUCAGCAGUUCAUCGGGUCGAGCAGCCCGGCGCUUGGCGCUGCGUCCGACGACCAGCUGCAGUUUGGGCUCGUGCCCAAGUGGAUCGUCGAAGCGCUGCGAAAUCCGAGCGAGGCGCCACCGACUGCGAUGGAUCUCUUGGGCCGAACCCUCUCUCCGCUCUCGUCGGGAGAGCUCUUGAGUGUGCGCAGCGAGUGGCUGCAUCUCUUUGGCUUCCUCGCACACCUCUGCGCGCAGCUCUCUUCGGUGCGAGACCGGGCGCUCACACUCCUCGAGGGACUGUGCCGCACCAUGGGCACGUACCUCGCCGAGGUCGUCUCGGUGCUUGCGCCGAUGCUGGCGACGGUCCUUGCCGAGACGGCGGAGCCCGGGGCACGGCGCGAGCUCGUGCACAUUGUAUUGAGUGCAUGCCCCGUCGCCGCAUUCCUCAAAACGCUCGUGCCGGCACUGCAGCACGGUAGCUGCAAGGUGCGCGAAGCUGCCUUGCACCUCUGGACCAUCGCGACCUUGCGCCAGCCACGCGAUGCCCCGAUCGUGCGCGCGGCCGCAUUCGACCUCGCGGCCGUCCUCGCCCAUGUCUGCGCCGUGCCGAUAAUGCAGCUACUCAUGGCCAACGCGGACGCCCAAGCGGACGGCCUCGACACGGGCCAGCUCCAACGCCGCCUUGUGCAGCGCGAUGUCCCGUUUCUCGAGGCGUCGGGGCCACGCUUGCUCGGGCGCGGCGACCUCGAAAACAAGACCAAGCUAUGGCUACCGGACGCCAAGACGCCGCCGCCGACGGUGCCGCCACGUCAGCCCAAAGCCGAGGUGAGCCCGCAGCAGUCGGCCGAGCACAUCGCCAAGAGUCUCACCGUGCUCAAGCAACGCUGCCUCAACAAGAAGCGAGGAACGACGCCGCCGGACGGUCUCCGGCCGCCGGAGCGCAACCAAAAGGCUGGCACGCCCGUGGCCCACUCGCCCACCGAGGACCGCGACCAGCGAGCCGUUCGGACAGUGUUUGACGAAGACCGUCCGAUCAAACCGAUGCGGGCCACUGUCUUUGAGAACGACGACGCCGUUGCAGAAGCGCCGCUUCGCGCCAGGAAGCCGAUCUCGCUCGCCACGGCCAAACGCGUCCAUGCCAAAGAAGCCAGUGUCCUUCCACCCGCCGCGAUCGUGGUCGAGCCCGAGCCCGAGACUCCCGCGGAAGGCCCGACAAAGCCCAAGGUCAUGACGCUUGCCACGCGCAAGCGCCUCGAAGCCAAGCAAAAACAGGACGACGCCGCGCUGGCCCCCGCGCCCGUCUCGGCUCGCAGCGCCAAGCUCAAGACGGGCGACGACCUCAAGUUGGCGCUCCGGGCCGGCAAGCAAGAGUACGUCGCCACGGCCGAGCUCGACGCGUAUCCGCUGGGGAAGAGCGAUAUGGCGCCGUGCCUCGGUCGUCUCCAGAGCGCCGAGUGGGAAAAUCAGUUUGAAGGGCUCACGGACCUCCGCCGGCUGUGCGUGCACGUGCCCGACGUCGUUGCGAGCGCCGGCUUCUCGAGCGUGCUGAAACUCGUGUGCACGCACAUUGGCAACCUCCGGUCCGCAGUCGCCAAGAACGGCAUGCUCGCGGUCGAGACGCUGUGCUUGUACCUCGGGAAGCGCAUGGACUCGGACUUGGACGACGUCAUGCCGCUGCUGCUCAAGCGCGCGGCCGACACGAAUGUCUUCCUCUCCGAGUCGGGCGCGCAGACACUCGAUGCCGUCGUUCGCGGGUGCUCGGCGCCGCGCGUUCUCAGCGCAGUUCUUCCCCACGUCGCGUCCAAAAACCACAUCAUUCGCAAACAGGUGGGUAUUAUGCUCGGGAAGCUCCUCUCGGACGGACGCCUCGAUGUGGCGCGCGACGUCGACCGCGUCGUCAUGGCCACCUGCAGCCUUGUCAACGACUCCAACAACGAAGUGCGCGACGUCGCCAAGCCGACGCUGCUCGAGCUGCGGCACCUUGGGGCGCUCGACGCCGCGCGGCUCCGGAAGCUCUGCCCGGCGUCCUGUGUUGCCCGCGUCGAGCAAGUGCUCUCGAGUGCGCCCGCGCUGAAAGACCAAGUCGCCAAGCCACUGGUGCGCGCGCGAAGCGAGGUCAAGGACACGACCAAGUACAAGCCGAUGGCGGUGGCCGACUUUGACAAGAUUCCGACGCUCAACAAGCAGCUCGAGAGCAGCAACUGGAAGGAGCGCUUUGACGCCCUCGAAGAGGUGCAGGCGCUCGUCCUCAAGCACGCGCAAGGCUUGUGCCAGAGCGGCAAGGUGCUGCAGGUGUUCGACGGCCUCAACAAGCGCCUCGACGACGGCAAUGCCAAGGUCAAUGUGUUCGCCCUCGAGACGCUGCAGACGAUCAUCCCCGCGCUCGGCAACGGCCUCGACGCCGUCCUCUCCAACCUCGUGCCCAUCUUGACACGCAGCCUUGCCGCCAACAACCAAAAGGUCGCCCAGUUGGCCGACGGCGCGUUGGAUCUUUUGUGUGCGCAUGUCGACGCCAAGUUGGUCGUGCCGCACUUUGUGUCAGUCACCAAGGUCGGCAACGCACGCGUCAAGCCCGGCAUGCUCUUGAAGCUCGACCGACUCACGCAGGACGCGGGGCUCCUAACGACCCAGUCGGCCAUCCACCGGCACGUGUUGCCUUUGGCGCUUGACUUGAUCAAAGAGAGCAAGACGGACGUGCGCGACGCCAACUACCAGCUGCUGCGGUCGCUCUACAAGGCGCUGGGUCCAUCGAUGCUCGACUCGGUGUACAAGCUGCCCAAGCCGCACCAAGCCAAGCUGUCGCAAAUCAUCGGUGUGCACAUCACGACCGCCUAGUUCUUAGUAUUUAAGCACGUCUAUUUAAUACAUCUUCCUCUGUUUCUUA